AUGGAAAAUUCUAAUUGGAAUGAAACACUCUCACAACUGAAUAAAGAUAUCAGGAAAGAGAACAAAUCGUUGAGAAAUCGUUUACUGAGUAUUUCAUAUGACCAUCAGUUUUUAGAAAGUCAAGUAAGGGAACAAUUCAAGGACUAUGCAUUGAUACCUAAUGAGAGAUGCGGGAUAUGGUACUGUGACCCCAAGACCUACGGCCAAACCAGUUAUUUCAAAAGUACUGAUGGACAUACCAGUCAAUGGGAUUUUAGCACUAGGAGAUUAAAUUUCCAUCUCUUUCCAACAUUGCAAGAGAAAGGAGGUAUUAUUAUUGUAGAUAGCACCAGACGUGGUAAAAAGAUUCCUGAUUCUUUGAGUAAGACAAUACCUAUAUGGUGUGCGGUUGUAAAUUUUAUUAUGUUAGAGAGCGCCGGCAUUGAAUUCGAAACCGAGGAUAUAUUAUUUGUGCCACCAGUGACAGUUUCUGCUAAUGAGUAUCAUUCAAUAAGUCUAAAAUUACCAGCUUUGGUGGAGAAAAUGAAGACAUUAGGGGCAUUGGAUGGUAAAAAAUUAUAUAAUUCCUUAAAUGGAAGAAUCCUGAGACCAAUUUGGGUAUAUCCGGGGUCAUCGAUUUUACAAAACUCGGUAGAUCCUUUUACUGGAGAAUCCAUCAAUUCAGAGUGGAAAGUUCCAGAAAAUGAAAAGAUUAUACCUUUGAUCCUCUGUACUGUGAGUUACCAAGCACAAGAUGGUAUGGAUAAACGAAAUGGGUUCACUUAUGUUCAAGGUGCUGCAGAUGAUCAUGAACUCUGGUCGGAGGGUCUUACACCACAAAUGUUUUGGGAGCAUUAUGCAUAUUUGACUAAUCCCAAACAUGGUAUAGAUGAACUAGAAAAUUAUAUAAAGGAGUUAGUUCUUACAAAAGCGAUGGCACAAACUUCUCUGAAGGAAACAAUUGAUGACAUAAUUAAACCUAUAGAGCACAUUACAGAAAGGUUAUCUUUAGGUAGAAUAAUGGAGAAUUCAACUAUAAAUAAAGGAGUGUACCAGGAACUAUCCAAUGAGUACAAAGUACUGAUAAUAUUGAGUGAUAAUGUCAAAGUAGAAACCGAUCCAAACAAUCCAAAUACUUUGAUUAAAAUAUACAAUUUGCAAAGUGGCUCUAAGAAAUCAUCCAAGGAUCUAAGAAUCAAAUUGCCAGAAAUAUACGAUACAAUCCAUUGCACAAUCUCAGAAAGUUCAAAUGUCCUAGUGUGCUGCAACACAGGUGCUGAUAUAUCUAUAGGUGUAUUGCUCAGUGUAUUGUGUAAAGAUUAUACGCAAGACUGGAAGUUUGAACCUAAGGGAGAACCUUUAAUCACAAAGACCGUAAUAAGGAAACAUUUUUCACAGUUAAUCACACACCUCAAUGGAAGAAACAUAAAUGUGUCGAGAGCAACACUGAACAGUGUCAAUAGCUUCCUGAUGUAG